CGCCCUCAAACCCAAGGGUUGUCCUGCCGGUUUUGUUGUUGUGACAACACCUGUCAGCGGCGCUUAUUUUGCAGCGUUACCCCGUUAUUUUCCCUCGUUAGUGACACGAGCAAUGAAUUACAAGUGGAGUCGGUGUUCUCACCGCAGACACUCAACUACCAGGUGACAAGAGAAACCACGGCAGGAAAUUUCUUUCGGAUGUAAGGAAACCAAGCUCACAUAAUUCACGGUUUUAUGGCUUGAUCCUCAGCUGAGGCUUUCUGUAAUACACUGCUCUGCGUCAGAGGAACUGCCCCGGGAGGGACCGACACGCAAGAACAACUCGCUGUUAAGGAAACUUCCAUGGAGGCACAGCCGAGUAAUCGGAGCACCUUGGAAUAGAUGUGAGCACAAGGCACUGUGCUGGAUAAAGCUGCCUUGGAGCACCAUGGCUGCCGCCCCUUAUCUCAACUCUGACGCGCUGCGGGAGGUCCUGGAGUGCCCCAUCUGCAUGGAGUCCUUCACCGAGGAGAACCUGAGGCCCAAACUCCUGCACUGUGGGCACACCAUCUGCAAGCAGUGUCUGGAGAAGCUCCUGGCAAACAGCAUCAAUGGGAUCCGGUGCCCCUUCUGCAGCAAGAUCACACGAAUCACCAGCUUGGCUCAGCUCACUGACAACCUCACCGUGCUGAAGAUCAUCGACACGGCGGGCCUGGGGGAAGUGGUGGGACUUCUCAUGUGCAAGGUCUGCGGGAGGAGGCUGCCAAGACAAUUUUGCAAGAGCUGUAGCUUGGUUUUGUGUGAGCCCUGCAAGGAGGCUUCGCACAUGCCCCCAGGACACAGAGUCAUUGCUGUCAAAGAGGCUGCUGAGGAGCGUAGGCGGGAGUUUGGGAUGAGGCUUGCCAGGCUUCGGGAGCUCAUGGGUGAUCUUCAGAAAAGGAAAGCUGCUCUGGAGGAUGUUUCAAGAGAUCUGCAAUCCCGAUACAAAGCGGUUCUGCAGGAGUACAGCAAAGAGGAGCGCAAGAUCCAGGAAGAACUGGCCAGGUCACGCAAGUUCUUCACUACCUCUUUGACUGAAGUGGAGAAGAUAAAUAACCAGGUGAUGGAGGAGCAAGCUUACCUGCUGAGCUUAGCAGAAGUGCAGAUAAUGUCUCGCUGUGAUUACUUCCUUGCCAAAAUAAAGCAGGGGGAUAUAGCUCUCCUGGAGGAGGCAGCGGAUGAGGAAGAACCAGAGCUGACAAACAGUCUCCCAAGGGAGCUGACUCUCCAAGAGGUGGAACUCCUCAAGGUGAGCCAUGUGGGACCACUGCAGAUCGGGCAGGUAGUGAAGAAACCCCGGACCGUUAACGUGGAGGAAUCGCUCAUGGAAAAUGCAGCAUCCUCCUUUGUACCAUUUAGGGAGCCUGACUUGGUGCAAGAGGAGCCCUGCUGCACCCCCCAUUCCUCGCCAGCCAAGCCAAGGAUGCCUGAAGCAGCCACGAGCAUCCAGCAGUGUUCCUUUAUCAGGAAGAUGGGCUCCAAGGGCAGCCUGCCAGGGAUGUUCAACCUCCCCGUCAGCCUGCACGUCACCAGCCAAGGCGAGGUGCUCGUGGCAGACCGGGGCAACUUCCGAAUCCAGGUUUUUACGCGCAAGGGCUUCCUGAAGGAGAUCCGCCGGAGCCCCAGUGGCAUCGACAGCUUCGUGCUGAGUUUCCUUGGAGCAGACCUGCCCAACUUGACCCCCCUUUCUGUCACCAUGAACUGCCACGGGCUGAUCGGUGUGACAGACAGCUACGACAACUCUGUCAAGGUGUACACCAUGGAUGGCCACUGCGUGGCGUGCCACCGGAGCCAGCUGAGCAAGCCCUGGGGCAUCGCCGCGCUGCCCUCGGGCCAGUUCGUCGUCACCGACGUGGAAGGGGGGAAGCUCUGGUGCUUCACCGUGGACCGUGGCGUGGGGGUGGUGAAGUACAGCUGCCUGUGCAGCGCCGUGCGCCCCAAGUUUGUCACCUGCGACGCUGAAGGGACCAUUUACUUCACUCAGGGGCUGGGGCUCAACCUGGAGAACCGGCAGUACGAGCACCACUUGGAAGGAGGCUUCUCCAUUGGCUCCGUUGGCCCAGAUGGGCAGUUGGGACGCCAGAUCAGCCAUUUCUUCUCCGAGAAUGAGGAUUUCAGGUGCAUUGCUGGGAUGUGCGUUGAUUCCAGGGGAGAUCUGAUUGUUGCUGACAGCAGUCGUAAGGAAAUCCUGCAUUUUCCUAAGGGAGGCGGCUACAACAUCUUAAUCCGGGAGGGACUCACCUGCCCAGUAGGUAUUGCUGUUACUCCCAAAGGGCAGCUGCUGGUGCUGGACUGUUGGGAUCAUUGCAUUAAGAUCUACAGUUACCACCUGAGAAGAUACUCCACCCCUUAAAGGCUUGGUUGCAAGCAAAGCCUGUCUUGGCAGUGGAGAGUCUUGCCUCCUUGCAAUCCAACGGGAACCAGUGUCAAGCCUUCAAGAAGGUUGUGCCAUAACUGAAGGGGAUUUGGCAUAGAGGUCAUCAUGUUCUGUGUUUAGAAACAAAAUAGCUUUUGUGGUGGUGGUGGUGGUCUGCUUUUUCUUCCUCUUUUUUUAUAUAAAAUCCAUACAAAUAAGAACAAGUAUGAUGGAAAGGAUCCAUCCUUUGCAGUCUUGGUUCUUGUGACUGGUCACACCAUAAACCUCUUCACCUCCUUAUGCCACAUCUCCUACACUUCCAGCUUCAACCAUUGUGUCUUUCAUUGUGCCAUAAACACUGACUGACUGCUCUAAAUCACCUUCCCUUAGAGAACUAGCAGAGGCAAUCCUGUGGUACUUGCAAGGAACUGGGUAGCAGUUGUCUGGGCAACUCCUAGAGAGAGCAAUUUGUUCUUGCAGCACUGCAUAAAAUGAAAUGGCCUCUUCAACCACGCAGAAAUGAAGCUUUGCUUCCACCCUGACGAGGCAAGGUUGUUGCUCCCAUUUUUCUGGUGUUCAGGAGAUUGCCCCAUCGUGCCAUUUGUGAAUUGUGUCUGUUCCAUGUGAACUGAGUACUGUGCAAUCGUGGGAGACCGAGCUGAGCCAGAAAAUUGCCCUCUUUAUUCUUGAGUUGUAAGAAGACGGGUUUUAUUACUAAUCAGAGUUCUGCUAGAUAGAAAGGGAUAAAAGGGGAGGGGGCUGGAGAAAAAUAAAAAGAGGGGAAACCUAGGGUUGCUAUUUACUGUUGUUUUAUUAUUAAAUGUAUCCUGGAAACUGUCUUUGGAAGGUUUAUCUGGUAUCUAAAAUUUACUGGCGAAGAGGGGAAGAGAUGGGGAAGUAAGACUGGGAGAUUGUAGGAAAUGAGAUUAAACGCAACGUAUUGUAUAUUCACCUGCACUUCACUACUCUGCAUUCCAGACCGCUGCAUUUAGCAUUAGGUUUCUACUCAUUUGCACCUCCUCUGUGCAAGUUACUCACUUCUGAGGUAGGGAUGGGCAGGGGGGACUACUUCACUUAUAUUUUUUUAAUACUUGGAAGCGCAUCCAUUGGUUCAUGACCUUUUUUUCUCUUGCACAGCAAAGCACUACAUUCCUCAGAGUAUUUUUUUUAUUUUUUUUUUUUUUUCCAUGACACCAGCAGGCACCAGAGUUGCUGUUCAUCAAGGCUUUGGGCCAAAUGAAGCACAAAACUGCAGCUGUGUGAACCAAGGCCCCCACAGUGCUGCUCUCCUGGCUGAUAAAUGUGUACCUCAGUGUGGUGCUGCUUGCCCAGAAUAGUUUAUUGAAGGAAAGAUGCAUUUAAAUAGGGCACAGUGGUAGCAUGUUAAUCUGCCACAGAUAAUAGUUACACUGCAGUGUGUUUAUUUGUUGCCAUCAACAACGUAGUUGCAAAUUUGGGGCCACGACAGACAAUAUAAAAGCUGAUUUUAUGGUGGCUGCCAUGCUCCUGCAAAUUGUUUGCUACUUGUCCUACAACAUGUUUGCAACAGGUGAUUUUUCUUUUUUUUUUAAGCCCAUAUACUUUUCCCUGCUGAAACAGCAAAGAGAAACAGGUUGGUGAGCUGCUGCUGCUCCAGCUGGAUGUUUGGCAGUUAAAGGGACUGCAGAAAAAGCACUGGAAACAGAUUUUGGUGGAAUUUGGGGUUUUUUUCCCCCCUUUCUUUGUUGUUCUCAGCCAGUGCUGAAGUAGCACAUGAACACAGCUGUGUGAUGGAGCUUCCAUCAGGGCAGCUUCCAGUUUCUCUUGCUAUAAUGUGCUGGGAAAAGCUUGUGGAGAAGGGACCUAAGACUUGAAGUGGUUGAUAGUGCUGAGGCAGCCCAAGGGACUCAACUGCUCUUCCUUCCUGAGCUGCUCUGUGUGCUUGGCAAGGCUACCAACUUUAACAUCACUGCUCACAUUCUCUGCUUCUCUUUCUUGGGUGGGAGGGGCAGUUGCCCAAGGCAUGUGACAGCAAUUUGAGGAACCUUUCUCAUAUUGAAUUUGUGUCUUGGGGAGGUGAUGAUGAUUACUGGGCUGUUCUGCAGUUCAUGACAUUGUAACUGAAAGCUUUCUUCCAAUUUUAUGCUAAUGGAAGUUCCUCUCCUGGUUUCUUUUAAACAUUUCUCCUGCUUCCAAGAACUGCUCCACACAGGAGUCUACUGUGGUCCUGAAUAAUUAAAGCAAUAUUAUCUA